GCCUUCACAGUUACAUGGCACUUUUCCUCUUGACGUGUUUACUACAUUAUUGAUCCAUAAAUAAAAACAUUCAAUAUUUAUUUUAAUAGAACUUCUCUAAACUAAUAAUAUCAUGAUUUUCAUAUUUUUAAUUAAAAAUUAAUUUAUAAAAACUUAGUUUCUUUGACAAAACAAACAAACUUAGUUUGAUCUAAAAACUAAUUUAGGACAAAAACUUCUUAUUUAUUAAGUUAUUAAUUUAUCAUAUAUAAAAUUACAAAACUUAUUACGUAUCUAUUUUUAAUUAUUUUACAGUAAUUUAAUUUUAAUUAUAUAUUCAAAAUCCCUUUUUAUUGUUUCUAUGUUUAUAACUUUAAUAUUUACUUAAAAUAACCAUUUAAAUCUUUAUAAUGAAACAAUAUUUGUAUGUAAUAUAAAAUAUAUCAUGCCUUUUAACAAAAAAAAAAACUAAAAUUUAUUUCGAAAAUAUAUAAAUGCAAAUUCUAAAGGCAAACUAGAGUUUUUUUACGUUUGUCCUCCACCAUUGUCUAAUUGAAUUUUGGAAAAAAGAACUCAAAAUUAUAUAUUUUGGAAGUGGAAAUAAUAAAACUGGGUGUCACACUAGUCAAAUCAAACACCUUUAAAUUUAAAUGGGUAACUUUAAUUUAAAUGGUUAUUUUCAUGGGUAAAGCAAAUUUAAAUGGUUAGCCUUUUUUGUUAAAUUUAGAAACAUUACACAACAGGAUGAAAAAGUUAGUUGUGUGAAGAUUACUUAAAAUUAUUUACUGUAAUUGUUUAUAAUUUUCUAUGCAUGACCACAUUCGUUGAGAAUGGUGGGUGGAUGUUAGGUACAAUUUAUUAAUAUAACUCUUUAUAAAACAACAAAAUAGAAGCUUCUUCUAUCUGUAUGUUUUGACAUAUUAAAGCUAUCGUUGUAUUAAAGCCGCCUCUGUAGCAAAACACUAAGACUCCCGUGACUCUUCCCUCGCUUUAGUUUCCUCCGCAGCUCAGCCGUCUCUCCACCGCGACUCUAUGCCUGCAGCCACCGUCUCAAACUUUCCGACCAAAAUUUUCUUCUGCUUUCGGAAUCCUGAUGUUGAGGGCUACUCAUCGUUGGGUUUAUACUGUCGAUUACAGUUCCUACCUCAUCUCUGAGGUUUCUGCUUGCUCCUCCGUCUCUUAAUCACGAGCCUCUCCUCCGCUGAUGUCGUUGCCUUGCAUUCCUUCUUGAAGCUUUUCCCCUUCUUUGUCAAUGGAGUCUCCUAAAGCUGUUUCAUCUAGUUCUCUUCCCCUGCCGCCUAAACCACCAGAUCCCGACCUGGACGUGAUGCUUCUGGUGGAUCCUCCUGUCCCUCCAGUUCCCCCCGACCCUCCACCGAUUCUCAUAGAUGCAAGUGUGCUAUCUGUUCAGCCUCUGUUGAUGCAUCCUUUACUGGCUGAAGCCGAUCUCUCCAGCUCUCUCACCACUAGACGGGUCUCCUUACUCCAACUAAUUCUGGUGUCAAAGCCGAGAAACUUGGUUUCUUGUGGGGAACAUGUUUCCUUUAAGUCAUCCUUACGGAAGGUGCCUUACUAUCAACAAGAGGCGGGAGUUAUUGAGAUCUCUGUUGCAAGGUUUUUGGGGUUACUAACAGCUGACUGCAAAUUUACCUCCUUUCAUUAUUCAUCACUUCAAGUUCUCGAGGACUGGACUUCCAAUGUUGAAAUUUUGGCGGUGGUGAGUUUUCUGUACGCAGUUUUUAUUACCUCAGUGCCACCUUUUGGAGUGCAGCUCUCUACUGCUAUGUGCAGUUCUCAGUCAAAGCAUAUCCUUCAUUUGAAACCUUGGUCACAUGUUGUUGGACCCAUCUCCCCUUGCUUCAUGCUUUCGCAAGGUUUGAAUAUCUGGCUAUGGCGGCUCGCCUCACAGCAAUCAAUCUUUUGGAAGAGGUUUUUGGUCGCCUCUGAGUUUGUUGAUGUGCCCUAUCCAGUCGGGUAUGUUGAGAACUUCCUGACUUGGUCAGCUAAUGGAAAAUGGAUCGUGAGUUCUACUCAAAGCACCGAAACUGUAACGCUGCAGAAAGCUCCUCACUCAACAUUUUCAUCUAGAUUUUCAAGUUUUCAGAUUCUAGCGGACUCGAUUGUCCUCUUCUUUUCCCUGCGCUCGGAGUUGGUUUUGAUUGAGAUUACAGGCUCCUUCAUCGUUAGGAACCUUGUCCCUCUCGUCAUUCUGUUAUCAUGUUGUUAUAAUCUAUGCACAACCUUCUGUUUAGUUGUUGUUGCUUUUGCAAUGGGUGGUGUCCCCAAACUUUGUUCUUCAAGUACUCUGGUUUGAGGUUAUAAAAUGAAACCGUUGACAAAAAAAAACAACAAAAUAGUAGUUUUUUUUUG